AUGAUAGAUAAUGAUGUAGAAUUACCAGGUGAAUCUGAGUAUGUGCAUUAUACAGAAGAAUAAUUAGGAAAGAGUUUUAUGCCUGAAUUAAGAGAAUUAAAAUUAAAAACAUAAUAAUCUCAAAAUUUCAAAUAACCUGAAAAUGCAAAAACAUCAUAGUCAUAGUAAUUCAAGACUCUACAAUCUUAAAAUUUUUCAAAUAAUGACUUUUAGUAGCAUAUAUAAUAAAAAUCAUCUAUCACAGAUGAAAGCUGCGAAUUACCCACAAAUGCAAUUUAGAAGUCGAUUCCUCCUUAAUUAAGUAGGGUUUAGGCAAGCCAAAAUGUGUAAGACAAUUAUUAAGAUGAAGAAAUAGAUGAAUCAAAUUAAAAUUCAGAUGAAGAAAAUUAUGAUUAAAAAGAUUUUGAACCUGAAGAAGAGGAAGUUAAUGAUUAAGGUAUUGACAAUCCUUUUGAUCAGAAAGAUGAAUAGGAUGAUUAAAAUGAGAAUUCAGAUAAAGAAUAAUAUGAUAUUGAAAUUCCAAAUCCAUAGAAUUAUGAUUUAAAUAUGUUAAAGACCCAAGAAUAUUAUGCUAUGUUUGUUGAAAAUAUAAAGCCUUAAUCAAGGCAGCAAGAACUUAAGUUCCCAACAAAAUUGCUUCAAUAAAAUACAUUAAAGUUGAAUAAUGAUACAAUAUAAUAAUCAAGUAUGUGCGAAUAAAGUGAAAUCAUUGAAAGCUAGUUAAAAUGCAACAAUGAAAAAUAAGGAGAAGUUGAGGAAGUUCAAAUGAGUUAGGCUUAGUUUUCGGUAUAUUAGUAAUCAAUGGCAAUACCAGAGGAUGAAGAACCCUCGUAGCCUACUGCAUCUUAGAAAGCACUCAGAAAUUCAAGUAGAAAAUAUUAAAAACCUAAAACAGUAGAUAUUUUUAAGAAUGAACAACCUAGGAACUCCAAUCCAUAAUCUCAAAAUUAAAUUCCUCAACUAUAAGAACAAUCUAGAUUUACGAACUAGUAAAUUCCAGAUUAAUCAAGAUGUACAAAUCUAUAGAUGCCUGAUUAAUCUCGUUGCACCAAUCAAAACCCUAUUGCUUCUCAAACCUUUCUGUACCAACCUAGAGUUGAAUUAGUUAAAUCAAGAUUAGAAAAUCUUUUUUAACAUACAAACGAAUUAAUGGCAGAUCUACCAAAAGUUAAAGUUGAAAAAAUAGUGGCUGUCGACGAUGAUGAAAUCAAAUCUUACAAAAUUGAGGAGAAUUCUUAAUGGUAAUAACAAUUAGAUUUGUUUGCCUACGAAUAAAGCCAUAGUUGA